UUCGUAUUUGUAUAUUUAUUCCAUACUUUAAGCAUUCAAAUUAAAAAUGUUUUAAAACUAAUUUAAUUCUUCUUUUUUUACGGUCUUGACCCAAUUUUGCGGCCAAAUUAAAUUUCCUUUCCUGUUUUCGGCCCCAGCUGUCAUUCUUCAAGAUGCUGUUCAAGACCUGUGCAAGACAUUUAAAGCUAGUCAAUAUACUAUAUGGCUCCAAUCGAUGCACACUGCUUCCCAUGAUUGUAAGGUCAUAUGGCGAUUUCAGUGGCAGCGAGGACACGGGCAUAAAGGGCGAACUGGCGAAGAUAAUUCCCGAGAAGAGAGAACUCUUUCUGUCUAUAAAAAAUUCCCAUGGGAAGAAGACGAUCGGACAGAUUAGUGUCAACAGCGUGAUAGGUGGCACGGGUCUUCCGCUUCUUGUUUGCGAUACCUCCAAUCUAGACAAGGACGAGGGUAUUUCCUAUCGCGGCCUCCCGUUAAAGACUGUGUGUGAAGUAUUGCCAAGGGUCCUUGAGGGUACGAAGGAGGGAACACCCGAGGGCUGCUUUUUCCUGCUAACCACGGGUAGGAUUCCCACCAAGGAGGAGGCAGAAGAGGUGACCAAUCAGUGGAUGAAGCGGAGCAAUGUGCCUCGCUACUGCCUGCGGCUGUUGGACUCGAUGGACAAGAAGAUUCAUCCAAUGGCGCAGCUUUCCGCAGCUGUUGCCUGCCUCAAUCCGGGUAGCAAGUUUGUGGAGGCUUACAAUAAAGGUGCCAAGCGGGCGGACUACUGGAAGUACAUAUACGAGGAUGCAAUGAACCUGUGCGCCUAUCUGCCCACGGUGGCAGCAAUCAUCUACCAGAACACAUUCAAGGAUGGUGAAGGAGCACGCGACAUUGACAAGAGUCAGGAUUGGUCCGCAAACUAUGGCCGCAUGUUGGGAGUGGAGCACGAUGACUUUGCGGAUCUGAUGCGCCUUUAUUUGGUCAUUCAUGCGGAUCACGAAGGCGGCAAUGUCUCCGCUCAUGCCUCCCACUUGGUGGGAUCUGCUCUAAGCGAUCCCUAUCUAUGCUUCUCGGCAUGCAUGUGCGGCCUGGCCGGUAUCCUUCAUGGACUGGCCAACCAGGAAGUGCUUGUCUGGCUGACCAAGAUACGAAAGGAUAUCGGUGAUGAGCCCACGGAUGAUCAACUAAAGCAGUUUAUUGACGACACCCUCAAAGCCGGUCGGGUUAUUCCUGGCUAUGGGCACGCCGUUCUGCGGGUCACCGAUCCCCGAUUUGUGCUGCAGAACGAGUUCGCGAUGAAGCACUGCAAGGACGAUCCCGGUGUUAAACUGGUAACCCGACUAUGGAAAAUCGUGCCAGAGGUACUGAAGAAGUUGGGCAAAGUGGCCAAUCCCUAUCCCAAUGUGGAUGCCCAUUCGGGUGUCCUGCUGCAACACUAUAACUUCAAAGAGAUGCAGUACUAUACGGUUCUAUUUGGCGUUUCCCGGGCACUGGGUGUGCUCUCGCAGCUGAUCUGGGCGAGGGCCCUGGGGGCACCUAUUGAGAGGCCCAAGUCCAUAUCCUCUUUAGAUCUUUGUAAGGCUAUUCAAGCAGCAGAUGAAAAGGAAAACAAGUGCUGAAGGCUAAAUGUUGAAUCCAAAUUACGAUAUAAAGACAUAAAUCAUAAAAAUCCAAAAACAUCAAGUCAUAAAUGAAAUAGGUAAAUCCUUACCUAUACUUAGUGGAUUUAAACUUCAAA